AUGAGAAGCAAUCUCUUGUCGACCGUUGUUGGUCUUUCCCAAUUUUAUUCUGUGGCCAUUGCCCAGUCUUCCACCACCAUCACUGUUCCCACUGGCACACCCGUUCCUGGCAACUACAAUGGCACCUAUCGUCCCCAAGUCCACUUCUCUCCACCUGAACAUUUCAUGAAUGAUCCCAAUGGCAUGUUCCGUGAUGCUGAUGGCCUGUGGCAUUUGUACUACCAGUACAACCCUACAGCUCUCGUCGCUGGCAACCAGCACUGGGGCCAUGCAACAUCAAAGGACUUGUACCAUUGGGUGAACCAACCCAUUGCCUUGUUUCCCCCGGAGAAAGAUACCUACGUCUUCUCUGGAAGUGUGGUUGUCGAUGAGAACAACACUUCUGGCUUCUUCCCUGACCAAGACAAUGGUGUCGUCGCAAUCUAUACUCUAUCAUCGCCAGAAGUUCAGGAUCAAGCUAUUGCCUACUCCCGAGACGGAGGCUACACUUUCGAGCCUUACAAGGGCAACCCAGUCAUCCCCAGCACUUCUACCCAGUUCCGUGAUCCCAAGGUCAUUCGCUACAAGGACUCUUGGAUCAUGGUGGUUGCAUACCCUCAAGACUUUGCCAUCGGCAUCUUUGAGUCCCCUGAUCUGAAAGAAUGGACCGCCACCAGUAACUUUUCCCACCAUGGUCUGCUCGGCCUGCAAUAUGAGUGUCCCAACAUGAUCUCCAUCCCAUACUACGAUGAAGAUGGCAAGAAACAGGAUGACAUGUGGCUCAUGGUGAUAAGCAUCAACCCAGGUGCUCCCUUGGGCGGUUCUAUCGCUGAAUACUUCCCCGGCCACUUCAAUGGUACCCACUUUGAGGCCGUUGACGCUGCUGCGCGAAUUGCGGAUUUCGGAAAGGAUAACUACGCCGGGCAAUGGUUCUACGGACUUUCUGAGGAUGAAAACCCCGUCUCCAUCGCUUGGGCUUCCAACUGGCAGUACACACAAACCGUCCCCACAGAAGAUGAAGGCUGGCGAAGCGCCAUGACUCUUCCUCGCGAGAACUAUUUGACCAAGGCAAAGCGUGCUGGCUGGAAGUUGGUAUCUAAGCCCUACGACCUUGAGCCGGUCAUGGGCCGUGAGCUCGCUUCCAACGAUAGCUUUGGCAACUCAAACAUCACUGUGGACUACUCCGAUGUUGAGUCCAACGCGAUUUAUUGGGAAGUCAACGUCACUGGCCUCCCAGAUUUUGGCAUCCCUUCAACUGCAUUGAUGAACUUCACAUUCAUGUCUCCGGUCUCCGGCGAAAGUGUCAAAGCUGGCUACUACUUCGGUGGCGACGCAGUGUACUUCCUCGAUCGUGGCAACACCCGCGGCUUCGACAACAUCUUCUUCACUGACAAGACAUCUCUUGGAAGUCUGCCAGCCAGUGACGGCUCAUGGAACACAAGCGGCGUGAUUGAUCGUUCUAUCUUUGAAGGUUUCCUCAAUGGAGGCGUCGACAGCGUGACAAACACGUUCUUCGCCACAGAGCCAUUGACGCUCAUGAUGUUCAGCACAUCUGAUCUACCUGAGGAGGUCAAGGUCAGCAUCAGUGUGUAUGCUUUGGAUAGUGCAUGGCAAAAGAUGGAGGGCAAGGACGGGCUUGUGCAUGGAAACACAACUUCCAAGGCAGACUAG